AUGCGAGGACCCGAGAGAUUUGCAUUGGGGCCCCGCGGGGAGGCGUUUCCUGGGCUGAGGCUGGUCCCGGUCUCCAGGCAGCAGGCCGCCCUCCGGGGGCCUCGCGGCGGGGGUGAGAUCCCGAGGGAGGGUCCCAGUCGGCCAGGCGGAAGUCUGCAGACCAUCCCGCCUUCCUGUUGCAGGGAGGGCGACCUGCAUGCCAAGCGCCGCCCCUGCACCAUGCACCGCGGCCAGUCCAGCCCGGAGCCCCCGGCCCCGGUCGCCCCCAGCCCGAGCGUGAUCGCCCCGGUGCGCGCCGUCGUCCGCCUGCGCCACCAAGUGCGCCUCCUGCGCAAGCGGCGGCCGCCCCCGCCGGCCGUGGCGCCGGACCCCGGGGCUGCGGCGCCGCGCGUCCACCAGGAGCAGCCGCAGUUCUUCACCUUCGACGGGCCGGUCGAGCGGGCGUCGAGACCCGCGCGGAAGCGGCGCCGGCGCAGUCGCCUGGUGCUGUACCCCGAGACCUCGCGCAAGUUCGGGCCGCGCGCCGAGCGCCAGAGCCGCGCCCAGCGCUGCCUGCUGUUGCUUGUGGCCAUCGUGGGCUUCCAGGUGCUCAACGCCAUUGAGAACCUGGACGACAACGCGCUGCGGUAUGACCUCGACGGGCUGGAGAAGACGCUGCAGCGCGCCGUGUUCGGGCAGCCGGCGGCCGUGGGCCGCCUCGUGGCUCUGCUGCGGGACUACCUUGCCACGCACGUGCACAGCCGCCCGCUGCUCCUGGCGCUGCACGGGCCCAGCGGCGUGGGCAAGAGCCACGUGGGCCGUCUGCUGGCGCGCCACUUCCGCGCGGUGCUGGAGGACGGCGCGCUCGUGCUGCAGUACCACGCGCGCCACCACUGCCCCGCGCCGCGCGCCGCCGCCGGCUGCCGCGAGGAGCUGGCGCGGCGCGUGGCCGACGUGCUGGCGCGGGCCGAGGCGGAGGAGAAGACCCCGCUCCUGGUGCUGGACGACGCGGAGUUGCUGCCGCCGGCGCUGCUGGACGAGCUUCACGGCCUCCUGCAGCCGCAGCGGCCGCCGCGCUUCCACAACGCCGUCUACGUGCUGCUCAGCGGCGCGGGCGGCGCUGAGGUCACGCGCUUCGUGCUGCAGAACGCGUCCCGCGCGGGGCGCGCCGACGGGGCGGAGGAGCUGCGCGCGGCCGAGGAGGAGCUGCGCUCCAGCCUGCACACACUGCUGGUCCGCCAGCACCCGCUGUGGGAGGCCGCGGCCAUCGUGCCCUUCCUGCUGCUGGACAAGCGGGACGUGGUCAACUGCUUCCGGGACGAGAUGGCCGGGGAGGGCUUCUUCCCCGAGCAGGCCCGCGCCGAGCUGCUGGCCGCGCAGCUCAGCUACUACCGCGUGGCCGGCCGCGAGUUCGCCGUCACCGGCUGCAAGCAGGUGGUGGCCGCGGUCAACCUCUUGUAG